CCAUGUACCUGUACAGUGGAGAUGACAGGUUACGGCCGGAUUCUUCAGUGCUUCUAUGUCUGCUUCUGUACAGUGAUUUCAUAUUGUCAGAGCCUGAGCCGAUUGGCAGUAGCUCCCCAUGGCAUCGCUUCUCCCUUCCUGAGCUGGUAGCUCAGCACAUGAGACUUCCAUUUCUCUGCCACACACAUUGGCAUAGUAGCCCGCACACGCAGACCUCAGUAAGAAGAGACCUGCUGAAGCAAGAAGACUGUCAUGCAUUGCUUCGACUCUGUUGGAACAUGGAGUGGUUUGGUGGCUUGGAGGUGGUCCUUAGUUGGUCUGAAGUGCCAUCUAGUGACAAGAUGCUCUCUGGGUUUGCUCAGGAGCUUAGGCUGUUGGCUUCAGACUUGAGGUGCUUGAAGGCAGCAGCUUUGGAUCACAGAUGCAAGCAGUACCUGUAUGAUAUUCAGAAUGCUACCACACAUCAAGCAGUAGAGAAAUCUCUUGCUUCUAUAUCUGGGUACCUUGCAUUUCAUGUAUUGAUCAGUGGAAGAGGGAAUUGCCAAUUGAAAUCAACAUCAAACUUCUUUGGUACAUCUCAGCUCGAAUCAUCUGGUUGGUGGCAUGAUUUGCCAUGGGCUGAGACUUUUAAAAGGUUCUUAGGAAUACCUCCAGGCUGCGCAGAAGAUGAGCAGUUGCUUGUUUCUAUACUGAAGUUGUUGCGACUGUACCUGAAUGUGUGCUGGAGCUCGGAAGGAGGUGCAGGAGAACUGAAACACCAAAGCUGCUGGGUUACAAAUAUUCUCAAGGAUGCAAUCCAACCAUUGCCAAACCUGCUGGUGAGAUUAGCCGAUGUACCUGCUGGAUCAGACAGUCACAGUGUGGUAUUGAAAGAGCUGUGUCGAGAAAUACUGCAGUUGGUCCAGGAAUGCUCAGCACGUGAGAGGAAGUUAGAGGAUUUUGGAAGAGCAGGGGUGAAGAAGACCCCUGAAGGAAAUGCAAACAGUCUGUCAUUAUCUUGGAUCCAUAUAAUCCGUGUGGUUACAGAGAAUCUUACCUUGAGUGACACACAACAUUUUUAUAACCUAGCCUACCUGGACUGGAUGUUGUCAUGCUUGGCACAGCUUACAAGUGUACCAAAUUGGGGCGAUCAUGCAGGUGGCAGCACUCGUCAACUUUGGGGUGAACUCAUCUCAUGUCUGACAGAACUAGUGACUGCAUUUCACUGUUGUAAAGGAGGGGACAGCCAAGCCUCAUUCAUGGGUCUCAGCAUCACGCGCAGUGCGAUUCUGUGUAUGAACCAUCUGCUGUGCGACAUGCAGCUUAGCACGACCACCAAGGGCUGGGAGGCAGUAUGGCUGUGCUCUCUAGGUGCAGAGAGUCACGCAGCGGGGCACCCAAACUUGUCCUGGUUACCUCCAUUAUGGUCAAGUCGUGAUCCAGUUGUUCGUUCUGCUGCCCUGCAGUUAGUUGCUGGAUUGUGUUCCUCUCGCCAGGGCUGUGCACAGCUGCUGCCUGGACUUCCCUCAAUAGCAGGCAGCAUCUGGAGUGUGGGUCUCAGCAUCAUGCUGGAACAUGACGAAGCAUGCCUUGUGAGGGAGCAGGCUGCGGUUCUGCUGACUAACCUGAGCAGUCACAGCAUCUCGACAUCUGGAGGAGGUGCCAUGCUCAGCCUAUGCCACACAGCAGUGAAUUCUGAAGAGGUGCCAGUGACUGGUGUCCAAGCAGUUCAAUUGCUUCUGACUCAGUGCAACUUCUAUGGAGAAGUGGCUACAGUUUUGUCACGGCUAUAUCUGGGUAGCACCGUGAAUCCAAGUGGAACUAAUGGCACAUGUGGCUGGACUGUUGAGCGUUCGUCUCGUCAACAUGCACCACCUGAGGCAGGAUUGCAGCCCGGUCAGCGGGCAGUGGUUUACACUGGCAACACUGAUAGCAGAUCUUCCAAUGAACACCAAGUGAAUGCAGAUUCCUCAGCACCGACAGAAAGUGUGACUGAUGGCAGUUCACAGCUGGAGCCUCAUGUUAAGACAACACCAGGUCUUGUGAAGGCCGUGUGUUGGCUAAUGGUGAACCUAUUGGCUCUGAGUCCUGAUGAUGCGCUUCAGCACAUUACCAGAUUUGGCUUAGUCAGACUGUUAUUCAGUUGCCUAGUGGCCGGUGUUCCCCAGCAGCAAGGACAUGGUGGUAACAUGCUACUGUAUGUGGACAUUCUGGAAAUGUGCACUGCAGUGUGCUCUGUCCUGUCGAAGUGUGUCUUGCUAGACGAAGUGUGUCACAGAACAGUUCUCCACACACACAACUGUGUGUGUUGUUUGCUCGCUCUGCUCGAUCCUGGUACAUACUCAAUACAGUCUCCUCAACUGGCUUUUCUACGCAAUCGAUUGUGGACUGAGAUAUUUCAUCUGUUCUCUGCCCUCCUGUCAAGGAAACAAGGUUUUGAAGCAGUACAGGAUGCCCUGUAUCUUCGUGGACCAUGGCCAUUCUUCACUACACUUGCAACAGCUAUUCAGAAUGACCUGUCAACAAACCUGCGAUAUUCAGCCCUUACAUCACUCACUUCAUUGCUUUCGCAUGAGAUCAGAAUGAGAUCAGUGCCAGAAGAGUUUCGCUCUGUGCAGGAUCUUCUGGAUGGUGACUUCCCUGUCCUAGAACAGGAUUGCCACACAAAUCACAAUAAACUGUUGAAACAGUUUGGACAUACACAUCGUGACCAGUAUGAAGCUGCUUGUCAGAAUGAACAACUCGAUCACAGGAACAUGUCUGAAUUGGAGGAACACAUGUCCUCUGCCUCUACACAAGAGGAAUUGUCUCCUCAAAAUCAGACCGCUGCCAGUAAGAGUAAGUGUGAUUCUGGUACAAGUGUAACAGGUCACAAGGAUCAGAAUGUAGGUCAUUUCUUUUCUUCAAGCGAAUCUAAAGGGAAACUGAUCUCAGAAACAAGUAGGUCUGCAUCUGUCAGAGGAGAGCCUGUCACUUCAAGAACAGAUGGAGAAACUGCACAGAAUCAAACAGUUGGCGGAGAACUGUGCAAUUCACUUCUACGUCUCUAUGAAAUACACAAUCUUCCACAAGGCUCUGGGGACAAGGGCAUUGGCAUUAAAGCCAAAAAUUUGGUUACGAGUGCCCUUUCAAGUCUUUUGGCAGUGUCUGGAGAAGCAAAGAAGGCAGCACUGAAACAAGGUCUGCUUGAGAUGUUAGUAGUGCAACUUCGAGAAUUGCACGUAAAGUUGAGCAUAGAGUCUGCUGAGACCCUGCGUCGGAUGAGUGAUAAGAAGAGGGUGUGUCCUGUAUUGAGGGAUGUGGGCGUCAUAUUUGCCAUGCUGACCAACUUCCUUAGUGCUGAUGGUGAUGUGAAACUGGUUGCAGCUGAGUUAGGCUUGUCUGAUGUAGUCCAUAAAUUGUGGGUUUGGUGCUGUGCGGUAUCAAGCCUCUUAGAAGGAGCUUUGAAAAUGUUGUCCACAUUUACUACAGCAUGCCUCUCAGCCACACAGUCACUUGUGCUGACUACGACAGUUCCUGGUGUAGGACUCCGGAAAACACCAAGUUCACUCUCUUUACUGCAUGAAAUUGUGAGCCUUAUUCAUAGAGAGAUGGAGAUAACAAAUCGUGUUCCUGAAUCUGCAGUUCUCAGCUUGGCAUUUCAACUGCUGACAAACUCAUGUCAGUCUCAAGAAUGUAGAAAUGUUAUUGCCAAGAGCAACUUGUUCCAGUGUCUUCCAAAGCUUCAUCCAUCAGUCACCAAGAAACAGAAGCAGUGGGAGGCAGUGGAGCUGAUGUGGCUUGGAUUUAUGUCAGAUUUCACUUUGCAUGCAGAGGGACAGCUGGCAGUUCCCAAGAUUACAGAUGCACUGGAUCUUCUCAUAAUGCUGACAGCAAGUUCCAAAACAGCAAUUAAAAUGGCUGCAUUAUGUGUUCUGCGAAACAUUUCAUUUCAUCAGUUAAACCGUCCAAGGCUGUUAGGCUCAGGUGACUUCCUGCAAGUGUUGCAUCAGAAGCUCAGUGAUGGAAGCCUGGAGGAGAAGAGAAUGGUAGCAUGCAUGGUGUGGGCGCUCGUAGCCAAUAAUCAAAAAGGAAAACUUAUAAUAAAGUGUUCAGGAAUUGAUAUAAAACUUCAGGAAAGCCUUAAUCAACUUCGUCUUCUUUCCAGUAGUGAAGAUACCGAAACUGAUGAAGGAAUUCAUAUCAUAAGCAAUGUCCUUCAAAUUAUUCAUGGUGACAACAGUACAGCAAGAAGGCGAUGAUGCUGCUGCAUAUUUUAAUUUGAUGACAGUAUUGUGCUGUGUCACAGCAGCUGUCGUCAUCAUCAUCAUCCUCAUCUCCUUCUCCUUUGACAGUUGUACUCUAUUGGUCACUCAACCUGCCUCUGUCUUCCCAUGUUCCUUCUUUCUUUCUUUCUGUGUGACAUUUCUUGACAUAUUGCUCCCACCUUGAUCUUGGGCUUUGUCUGUGUAAUCUGUUUUAAUUAACAUGAGGAUGAGAAUCUUCGAGAUAUGAACAAUAAGGAAGAUGAUGCCUCUGAAAGAUAGUAAUGUAUGCACUAGAUUCUGUGCAAGGGAAUAAUGAUAUGCAAGAAUGAAAAAAUGUGCUGUUUUGGAGUGGUUUUAAUUAGUAGUCAUGUAAGGUGUUAGCAUGUUUAAACACUGUGCUUUGAAGUUAAACUUAUUUGACAACCUCUGCUGUUUCUGAGUAUUUCAACCCAUUGUAUAUUAAUAACAAUCCUAAACAGUGGGCAGAAAGGACAAAGGGCCACUCCAUGCAUCUGAAUUGAUCUUUGCCAGGCAGUUCUAGUGGUAUGCAUUUUUGGGCAUGUGAAUAGGAUUUGAAAGCCAUGAAGUGCAUCUCUUAAGGAAGAUAUGAAUGGUCUAAGUAAUAUUGUGUUGUACAUCAAUACUGGCUGGCUUCAGGUUCAGCCUGAACUUCAAAACUCACAUUAAAUUAUCAGUCUGUAGGUUUGAAAUUUUGGUUCCAUUAUACAGAGUUAUUUUUUAAUAUUUCUUUGAUAUCCUUUGACUUGCAAACUACUUUCUAAAUACUUUUAUAACUAUGCAGUCCCAGAAAAUGUAAAUAAUUUGGAACAGAAACUUUACAACCCCCAAAUGAAGAAAAGAGAUAGCCAUGAAACAUAUUAUAAAUCAGUACAAGAUUUCAUAACUUUUAUGUAUUUGUUCAUGACUCUUUUCCAUUACAACUUUCAGUAUUAUAUUACAGUAAUUCUGCCACGCAGUAAUGCAAGAAAUUAUUUUAAUUUUUUUGGUCUUUUAAUAUACGAGUAUUCUGUAUUUUUUUUAACUCAAUAAAUAUGAAACAAACCCUUCUACAUCUCGUUGUCCUAAUGUAUUUCCUUGACAUCCAUCUUAAUGUUAUCCCAGUUUUCUUUGUGGACUACCGAAUGGAUGUUUCCUCUGUAAGCACUGACACCUCCUGUCUUGUAGAGACUUCAGACAUUUCAAGUACCAAUUGCCAUUUUCUUCAAAUGUCACUAGGUCAAUCCACAGAAAUCCAUUCAAUUCUAUAAGUUGUAUGAAAGCUGAAGAUUUGUAUACUGUGGGAUGUAAUGCUGUGUAGUUUAGU